UUCACCGAGGAGCGCGUUUCGUGGUGCGCUGUCGCGGCAGCGUUUGGUGAACAUAUUUUUUUUUUUCUUGACUCUGGUUUCGAGAUUCGAACCUCGUCGGUACAAGACGGAGCGCUACGAGGAAGGAUUUCGCUCGGACUGCUGUCGGCGUCAUGGUGAAACGAACAGACGAGAUGAAGCUGGACGUGCCCACGUUCAUCAAUCCGGGGUUUCAAGAGGAUGAGAAGAAAGCCAUCGAAGCCAACGGACACACAAAUGGUGCCGUCGCAAAUGGCGCAGCUCACCAGCACCCUCCCAUGGAGCUCAAGCCUGUUGCCGACCACGUCGAGUCUUCGGCUCCCAUCGAGAGGGGUCAUUGGGGCAGCAAGGCCGAGUUCAUCCUGUCCUGCAUCGGGCUCUCCGUGGGCAUCGGCAACAUCUGGAGGUUUCCUUUCCUGGCCUACCAGAACGGAGGAGGUGCCUUCCUUCUGCCGUACGUCAUUCUCAUGGUCCUUGUGGGCAAGCCCAUGUACUUCAUGGAGGUCGCCGUCGGUCAGUUCACAAGCCUCGGCCCGAUGUCCAUUUGGAGGUGUCUGCCUAUCGCCAAGGGCGUUGGAGCAGCUAUGGUGGUCGUGUCCCUAAUCGUGGCCGUGUACUACAACGUCAUCCUGGCCUACACCGUGUUCUACAUGGCGCAGAGCUUUCGCUCCGUGCUUCCCUGGGAGGACUGUUUCGAGUGGUGGGGCGCCGACCCGGAGACGUGCUACGUGCGCACCAACAACGUGGAGCGCUGCGUGUCGGUGGAAGGCAACCUGGUGCGAGAGUACAUGAACAUCACGAACGUGACGAACGGCGUUCAGAUUGUUGCCAACAACCUGACAGCCGUUGUUCCGACUGACGUCUUCACCUCUAGAUACGACAACUGCACCAACGCAACGCAGACAGCUAGUCAACAGUUCUGGGAGCGUUACGUGCUGAACAUCACAAGCGGCAUCGACGACCUCGGCGUCAUUCGCUGGGACCUGAGCCUCUGCCUGUUGGCCAGCUGGGUCGUCGUCUUUCUUUGUCUCAUGAAGGGAGUCAAGUCCACCGGAAAGGUCGUAUACUUCACGGCGACGUUUCCUUACGUCGUGCUCAUCAUUCUGCUCGUCAAGGGCGUCACGCUCCCCGGAGCUGUGGAAGGAAUCAAGUACUUCAUCAUUCCCGAGUGGCACAGGGUCCUGGAGAUUGACAUUUGGCGCGCGGCAGCAGAGCAGCUCUUCUAUUCCCUCGGCAUCUCUUGGGGCGGCAUCAUCAUGUUCGGCUCGUAUAACAAGUUCAGCAAUGCAGUGCACAGAGAUGCUCUAUUCGUGAGCUCGAUGGACUUCAUCACUAGCAUCAUCGGCGGCAUUGUCAUCUUCUCCGUGCUCGGCAACAUGUCUACCGAGCUCGGUAUCGACAUCAAGGACGUCGCGAAGGCCGGCCAAGGUCUGGCGUUCGUGGCCUACCCGGAAGCACUGUCCCGACUCGUCGUUCCCCAGCUGUGGUCCUUCCUCUUCUUCUUCAUGCUCUUCCUGCUUGGAUUGGACAGUGAGUUUGCACUUCUGGAGACCUUCCUCACCGCAUUUUACGACGAGUUCCCAAGGUCCAGGCGGUACAAGAUUCCUCUCACCUUCGGAGUCUGCCUACUCUGCUUCCUCGUCGGUCUGCCGUGCGUCACACAGGGCGGUCAAUACGUCCUGAAUCUGAUGGACACCUACGCCGGAGGCGGCGCGGUCCUCUUCAUCGCCAUUUGUGAAAUCGUAGGGCUCAUGUGGUUCUACGGUAUGAACCGCUUCUGUGCCGACCUGAAGCUCAUGCUGGGACAUGACAUUGGCUGGUACUGGAAAGCCAGCUGGCUCGUCUUCUCGCCUUGCAUCCUAGGGUUCCUAUUCAUUUACGGUCUAGUCCAGCACAAGCCCAUCACGUACGACGACGUUGUGACUUACCCGACGUGGGCCGACGGCGUUGGUUGGUUCCUGGCCAUGCUGUCCAUGGCGCAGAUCCCCAUCUGGGGCAUCAUCGUACUGCUCAAGAACUGGAAGAAUCCCAGAAAGGCCUUCCAGCCAGACCGCAAGUGGGGUCCGGGAGACCCCGUUGAGAUGCAGCUCUACCGCGGCCAAAGCGGCGGUGUUACGAACCUCGGCUUCCAGAGCCGUGACAGCUACCACUACUGACGCUGAACCAAAGAACUCUUUCCGUGUCCAAUGGCGCCAACUGCGGCGCCACUGGCUCUGCCAUGUAAUAGGCUCGAACAAGUGACGUUGUUUCGAAAGCUGUGCACCCUGUAAGGGCAUAAGUUUGUCACACAACAACGGUCAUCAUCACUCCUGUGAACAUUUAUUUCCUUAGCGAGGCGCGUCCGGUAAAUUACUGCCAGGAAAGCCAUCGGCGUAUUGUACGCGUUCAGCAGCAUUCCUGGCCAAAAAAGUACCGGGCGCACAUCAUUAAAGUAAGCGAAUGCACGCACAAGAUCGGUGACGGUUGAUGACGGUUAAAGGAGCGUGCACAAGAAACUGCGCUUGCUUUGUUUUCCGCAGCGCGUUUAGCACUUUUCUGUCAGGAAAGCUGCUGAACGCUAGGACGUCCAGGAGCGUUCCAGAUUGGAGAGUAGUGAGUGCACGGAAUUAAAAUAUAAGCAAAUGCACUGGCAACAUUGAUGGCGGUCAAUGGCGAUCCCAAUAUGUGCACGGGAGGUGCACAAUAUUGGUGACGGCUGUUGGUGUGCGACAAAAUUACACCCUAAGGAGUGUAAAAUUUAUAAGAUUGUGAGUGUGUCCGAAAGGGGUGUAACCUUCACAAACUGUCACAUUGUUGCUCACACCGGUUUUUGCACCAAUUUUAUCGACAGACUUUCGCGUUCGUGUGUGACGAGAAGCCUGACUGUGUGAUUUUGUAACAGAACUCAUAUGCACUUGAGCGUCAUCGUGUCCGUUGAGGGCUGUUUGUACAUAGUUUACAGGGUGGCAGUGAAAGUUUUUCAAAGGUUUUGCUAUAGGGUACCUCCGUGAGGUGUCCCUACGGGUAAGCAGGAAAGGAAAAAAAAGAAAUGUCACGUGGUAAUUCCGUCCUUUUUCGUGUACCUGACUCUCCAAGGUGACUGCACACCGCUUAUACGUUGCUUUCAGCAGCCAAAUAGCAUAUGUGCGUAUCUGCUGUCAUCACAGCUUUACAGUGCCUGAUGAGACGCUGAAUGCAGACAAAAUCUGAAAGAUGGGUAAAUGAUUUCGCAGCACUGAAUGCACGCGCACAAAAUUUUUAAACAGCUAUCGUGCGAUGCCCUUUUUACAGUGAACGUUUCCCGUAAACUCCCUCCCCGUAAAGGACUACUCCGUGAAACGCCUCCGUGAAAAUUUCUUUCCUAAAGCUUAAUACCGUAAGAGCUGUUCUGCGAACACAUUUCCGCGGACCCGUUUCUGCCACUUGAUCUUAUUAGUUACGACGUUCGUUGGCCCGAUUGUACGGUAAGACUUAACUAUAACUAAAUGCUUUUUUGCAGGCAGCAAAUGCGUUACUGGUAUAGGGCGCCGCUGCGCGGGCGUGCAAGUCUCGGAGGCGGUUCUGCGCUUGCGCAGUGGUGCCCUCAUCCAUGAGUCCGCUAAACACUUCUAAGUUCUAACCGCUCAGUCGGUUGUCAUCGUUUCGCGCUACGCUUAACAAGUGCCCACCGUGAGUCAUAGUCACGUUAUAUGCGUUGUGUGCGAGAAUAUAUAUACGAGGUCGUUGGCCCACAAUACUUAAUUCUGCAGCGACGUGCCUCCUCAUCACAAAUCAUUUCCUUCAAGUAUUUUAAUUCAUUCAUCCAUAUCAUUUAUUGUAUUUAGGUGUGAUGUUUUAUGCGCACUGGGCGUUGCACAAAACGGCGAGAACUUGUAAUGCUGCGCCAACGCAGCACCCUUGACCGUUCUGUCCUAGUUUGUGUUUCCGAGGUCAAGCCGAUGUCAGCGUUUGUAGUGGUCACUUGUAGUGGUUACUUGUAGUGGUCACUUGUACCGGUCACCUGUGCUUCACCUUUAAGUGUUUUAUGUGCGAUUAUAUUUCCUUUUUAGCUACGUGAAUUAAGAUUGUUUUAGCUUCUUAGUGAUAUUUUACCUCCUUCAUUAGCGAAUUCGCUGUUCGACGAACACGUCAUCGCUCACGAUAAGCUAUCACCCUGCAGACAUGGAUACUACGUGGCUGCUUGUCCGUGCUGCCGUAUCUGGGUGUUAAUGCAUGAAAAACUUAUCACGCUCAAAACUGAACCAUAAGGCUAUAUAUAGCUCAGUUGCAUUGGAUCACAUCGAAAACUUUAUUAAAUUAAAACCUGCUACCUGUGUUUAUAUAUGCAUUCUGUGUGCCCGUAUCACCAUAGUGCGAAAAUAAGAUAACCGUAAAGUGAUCGUUUAUACAUUGUAGCAAAACAAAUGCGAUUCCGUGAAAACGAACAAGACUUCAUCGUUGUGUCGACAAUAUGCACGGCAUCUGGCCAACCCAUCCGUUGUUUUUAGAUUUAACAAUGUCCAUCCGCAUGCAGGUUCAUGCGAUUUAGCAGCUAGGAAUUGAGAAUAUGCUGUGUGUAAAUAAGUGUAAGAUAAGCAUGUGUAUUUACCUAUUUAUUAUUGGUGUUUGAUUGCCUUUUUGAAUGAAUUUUAGAAGUUAAUAAAUCUGAAGUGUUUUUAAAUAAA